GUUCGCGGCCCCCGCCUUGUUUUCCCCUUCCCGCAAGGCAACCAAACUAGCCCCGAAAGCGCAGCGCAGCCCUCCUCACCUGACCACCUUCUUCCCAAUUCUUCCGCUCCAUGCCUCCGAAUCCUCCCCUCUCCCUCCCGCAAAACCGCGUCUAGGGUUCUCCCACUACCCUCCUCUCCUCCUUCCCCUUCCGCAACAUCGGCGCCGCCGCAGAUGGCACUCCUCGGCGACGCGCUGCGGCAGGCCUUCCUGAUGCCGCGGCGCGCCUACGCGGCGCUACGCGACGACGAGCACUCCCUCCCGCCGCGCCUCCGCCGCCCGCUGGCCGUGACCGCCGCCUGCUGCGUCGCCGCCGCUGUGGCAGCUGCCGCGUGCGUCAGCCUCGGGAUCGUGUUCCCCGCCGAGCCCGCAGAGCGGCCCUUCUGCCGGGAGCGCCGCAUGCUGGAGGCGCUGCCCGCCGCGGCCAGCAGCAGGGAGGAGGAGCCCGAGGCGUACCGGUACCGCGGGGGUGCCUUUUACAUGACCACCGCUGAGGCCGCCGACUUCUACUGGAUGGUCGUCUUCGUGCCAUCCGCCGUCCUCUUUGGCGCCUCGUUCACCUACCUUGUAGCUGGAAUGUCUGUUGCAUAUGCUGCUCCAAGAAGGCAUCCAAUGAUCUGUGUUGUUGAGAAUAAUUUCUGUGCUUCUAGAAGAGGUGGUGUUCGUUGCCUGGCUAUACUUAAUGUAGUUUUCGCUGUAAUAUUUGGUCUCAUGGCAAUUAUUCUUGGAUCAACACUGCUGGCCCUUGGAAGUACUUGUUCAGUUCCUCUUUUCUGGUGCUAUGAAAUUACAGCCUGGGGUUUGGCAGUCUUGUAUGGUGGCACGGCCUUCUUCUUGAGACGGAAAGCUGCAGUUGUCCUUGACGAGGGCGAUUACACCACCCACAAUGUGGGUCUAGAGAUGCUGGAGUCCAAAAUGGAAGUGACUCCAGAGAUGCAGCGCCGCAUCAACGAUGGUUUCAAGCAGUGGAUGGGUUCAUCCCUUCUAUCUUCUGAUGACGAGGACGAAGCCACGGAUGACUACAUUGAGCACGAUGCUCCUAGCCCGACUGCCUUGGGUCAACAGCACCAGCAGGAGCAUGAUCUAGAGACCUGACUGCUGUAUAAAUAAAUGUACAUAGAGCCUCCCACUUGUUCGUUGAGGUUUGAUGUUGUAAAUGCCUGGUUCGGGUUCAAUUACUAACAAUUGAUUGUCUUUGUUCUUUUUCCAUAAGAGAGAAGAGAGAAAAUGAGGGAUUAGUUAGCUUCAUAAGUUCAUAUUUGGGUUUUGCUGUUUCAUUGCCAUUCAUAUACAUGCACAGAUAAAGUAGAUAGCAACAUACGUGUGGGCACGUUGUUCACUAAAGUCAAAGGUCACCUAGAAUCCUCUUGAGGAUGUAUGCUGAGAUAAGCAGGAAGUGCUGAAUGAGUGGGACCUAUUCAUGCAAAUUGGAUCAUUGUGCUGAAUGAGUGGGACCUGUUCAUGCAAAUUGGAUCAUUCUGUACACAUUUGACACGGUUAAAGAUGUAUGGUUUCACAUUUUUCGUCGGUUUAUUCAUGGUACAUAUAAGUUGUGCAUGC